GAUACGAGAGUUUACGCUUCAAGUAUCCCGGCUAUACAAAAAAAGUGGCGCGCUGUUGCGAAAACAGGAUUGUUGCAGAGAGUGUGAAAAAUGGAUGCUGAGCGAUUCGAACGACGUACAAUCGUAAAUGGAGCGCUGCUGAAGAAGCACAUCGACGAGCAAAUAAGUAUUCAUCUUAAUGUUGAUCGAUGUGACGAUGGAAGCAGAUCGUUGACUGGGAAAUCGACCGAUGGUCUUACCGUUCAGGUGUUCUUUCCUGAUCCGUUGAUGGGUCUUACCGCUGGGUGGAUGGAAGUGAUAGGCUUGGCUGUACCGAACAAUAUCGUUCGAGGUAAAGAACUCGUCACGUAUUUCAACUGCCAGGAAAAGAUAGAGGACUUUGAUGUGAGCGGUCAUAAUAUGUUGUGUACCUUGCUAUCCGUUUGCAAAGAUCCAUUUACAACUGGUUUAUUAACAUAAAAUAUGAAACAUAAAGGUUCAUCUUGCGAUCCAAAAACCCUAUUCAGAAAUUAUCAAUAAAACUUUCCCAAAUCAUACAACUCUACACACUACGUAUAACUUCGCUCCUAACUCGGAAUGGUGGAGCAAGUGAAGCUGUGGUUCUUUUCCAAUUUAUACACUUUUUCAGAAAAAAAAAUCGUAAAGAUAAAAAUGGUGCAAACUAUUGUGCCACUUUUAAAAUCACAACCAUAUACGUUGGGAAAUGAUAAUAUAUAUCGCUAACCAAAUAAAAACUUAAACAACACACACAAUCAGUUGCUGGUUGGUUAGUGAUUCAAGAGUAUUUCGACGGUAACAAAUCGAUGCAGCGCUUGGAUGGAUUACUGACCAGAUGUAGUAACGGGUGUCUCCGAAUACAGAUUGUCGAGAACUUGUGGUAGCUAAUACGGCAUUAUACAAUAAAACAAAAAUACAACAAUCAUAUACUAUACUUA